GGUCCCAGGAUCCAAUCUGUGAUCUUAUACCUCAAAUCCUCUCGUCGCUUUCCCCUAAUAUCAUAGCUUGGUUGGCCCAAUAUGAGGCCUAUUUUGCUUUCGGGCCAUGAACGGUCCCUCAACCAGAUCAAAUUCAACCGCGAUGGCGACCUUUUGUUUUCUGUAGCGAAGGAUAAGAUUGUGUGCGCUUGGUGGUCGGCUAACGGCGAGCGACUCGGUACCUAUAACGGACACCAGGGUGCUAUCUGGACCGUCGAUGUGAGCCCCAACACCGUUCUUCUGGCCACCGGAUCGGCCGACAACACCGUGCGACUAUGGAACGUGAAGACUGGCGAGUGUAUUAAGGUGUGGGAUUUCCCUACGGCUGUCAAGCGGGUCGAAUUCACUCCGGAUGGAAGCAGGCUGCUGGCCGUCACAGAGAAGCGUAUGGGCUUCUUGGGUACCAUCGCCGUGCUCGAUAUCAACUAUGAGGACUUGGAGGCUCAGGCUGAGGAACCCAGCUUGAGAAUCACCUGCACAGAGAGCAAGGCAACAGUUGCGGGCUGGAGUUAUUUGGGCAAGUACAUCAUUGCUGGCCACGAGGACGGUAGCGUCAGCCAGUACGAUUCGAAGACCGGUGAGCAGUUGGAGAACGUUCAGGCACACGAGUUCGACAACUUGAUCAGCGAUAUUCAAUUCUCCCCAGACCGCACAUAUUUCAUCACCGCUUCCAAAGACAAGUCUGCCAAGCUCAUUUCCAGCCGUAACCUCGCCAUCCUCAAGACCUAUGUUGCCGACACCCCCCUCAACAGCGCCGCUAUUACGCCCAAGAAGGAAUACGUGAUCCUGGGUGGUGGUCAGGCUGCUAUGGAUGUCACUACUACCUCCGCUCGUCAGGGUAAAUUCGAGGCUCGUUUCUACCACAAGGUCUUCGAGGACGAGAUUGGCCGUGUCCGUGGCCACUUCGGUCCCCUCAACACUGUCGCUGUCCACCCCGCCGGUACCUCCUACGCCUCUGGUGGUGAGGAUGGUUACGUUCGUGUUCACCACUUCGACAAGCCCUACUUUGAUUUCAUGUAUGAAGUGGAGAGGGAGCAGCUGCGCAAAUAAAGUGAUUGGCGUUUAAAAAGAGCUUUUUUCCAAUUAACGCAUGUGUCAUGAGGCAAAGACAUUUCUUACCACAAAAAAGAGUAGAAAAGGUAAAGCAGGCACGGCGGUACGAGAAGUUCUCGGGGCGAUUUAGGGCAUGAAUUCUCAUUUCAUUGAUUCCAUGAUAAAGUCGGAGUUGGUACCAUUUUCCUUUUUCUGGUCGCUUUCUGUGUCCUAAUAAAAGAACCCAGUAUUUACUUCUUACAAUUUUGCUUCAAAGUUCAUACUUCAUCAUCAUAAAUAUAUCUCUUCGUUGGCAAUUUGCUGGGUAGCACUCUAUCACAUCUAGAUAUAAACCAUAUAAAUCCCAACAUGCACCAACAACAGCAUCACGAUUUCUUUGAGGUAGUAUUUUAUAUGAAAAAAGAAAAAGAAAAGAAAAAAUCAUCUCAAUGCCAGGUCAGCGCUCUUCCGACCAGCAGAAAGUAAUGGGGAUCUCAUUGCACAAUAAAAUGCAUUAACGUAACAACCGAAAGGACAUCCGGGGACAUCAUAAAGAAGUAAGAGAGAGAAGGGUUUCAUAAAAAAGCAUCCCAUCCCGUCAAGAAAAAGCCGCAGGCUCACCCCCGGUCUAUUUACUUUUUCUUGGGGAACUUCUCCUUUCCGAUGU